GAUAUGCAGAACCAAUAUUUUAAUAAAUGUAAUGAUUUUUUGAUGAUCUUUAUUUUACAGAGAAAAUAUGAAAAAAAUGAGAAAAUGUUUUAUAUUACAAUAAUAAUGACAUACACUUUAUGGCCAAAAGUUUGUGGAAACCAUAUGUGCUUGAUGAACAUUUGAUUUCAAAACCUUAGGCAUCAAUUUCCCCCUUUGCUGUAAUAACAGCUUCCACUCUUUUGGGAAGGCUUUCCACUAUACUGUAUGUAGUAUCAUGGCUGCACAAUUCAGACACAAUGCUAUCAGUGAGGUCAGGGACUGAUGUUGGUCGAUGGGGCCUGACUUACAGUUGCUGUUCCAUUUCAUCGCAAAAGUGAUCAGUGGGGUUCAGGUCUGGGCUUUGUGCAGGCCAGUCAAUUUCUUCCACGCCAGACACAGUAAACCAUUUCUUUAUGGACCUCACUUUGUUCACAGGGGCAUUGUCAUGCUGGAACAGAAAAGUGCUAUCCCCAAACAGUUGCCACAAAUUUGGAAGCACACAAAGCCCAAGCCAUUACAUAAAGAAACAUUAAGAUUUUUCUUUACUGGAUUUAAUGGAGUAACCAAAUUCAUGAAGCAGAAGAGGGUGUCCACAAACUUUUGGCCAUAUAGUGUACCAUGUUUUUUAUAUAACUACUACUACAACAACAACAAUAAUAGGCAAAAUAAUUUGAAAACAUUUGAUUUCAAACGGAGAACAUAAACAACAAGGGAGUCUACCAACAUUGCAUGAAUGUAAUCUUCGAUUUUAAACUGCAGUUGUAAAAGGUUUAGGUGUUGUUUAAUAGGCUAAAGGCAAAUAGUUUGCUGGAAUAAGUAAACAUUCUCAGGAAAGUGAAAAAACAAUAAAUAAAUUGCUGCAAUUACAGAGAGGUGAUUGUAAAUGAGAUGGCUGGUGGAGUUCAUGACACACACUUGUCUUGUGUGGGUGCCUCGUGCCGCAAUCCCUGUGGAAAGAUUGACUGGGAAAAAUAUUUCGUGAACGAGACAGCUAAAAAAGGGGGCAGACACUGUUGCACUCAAUUACAAUGAAUAAAACAAUAUUUCUAGAUGCUCUGUUAGAUUUACAUUUAUUGAAAAUGUUUGUUUAUUAGGUUGUUUUCCCUGCUCCAUAAUGGCCCAUCGGUCCCAGAGUUCUUCAGUGGGAGACAACCCUCUGGAUCCCAAUUACUUGCGCCCCCAUUACCGGGAAGAGUAUCGCAUGGCUAUUGAUGCCCUGGUGGAGGAAGACCUUGAGGGCUAUUACAGUUUCUUACAAAAUGCUAAUGUAGUUGACUUCUUGUCAAGGCCAGAGAUUGAGCAUAUUAAAUGCACAGUACGGUCACCUCAGAGUGCUGGAAAUGUACCAGAACUGCCCUAUCAUGAAAUAGAUCAGGAUGGGUCUUCUGACACCUACUGGCCACUGCACUCUGAUUUGGAUGCACCAGGACUAGACCUUGGCUGGCCUCUACAGCAGCACUGUUUUGUAGGGCCAACAGAAGUCACAAUGUUGGUAAACCCCUCUGACCCUGAAAUGCCCAGCAUUAAGGAACAGGCCCGGAGACUCAUCAAAAAUGCUAAUCAGGUCAUUGCAGUGGUGAUGGAUAUUUUCACAGAUGUUGAUAUAUUUUCUGAUCUUUUGGAUGCUGCAGCACGUCAUGUGCCUGUCUAUAUUCUGCUAGAUGAACACAAUGCCCAUCAUUUUGUUUCCAUGGUGACAUGCUGCAAAGUGAACCUGGAUAUGAUCCAUAUGAUGCGGGUACGGACAGUGGCGGGCGUUACCUAUUUCUGCCGCACAGGGAAGUCAUUUAAAGGUCAAGUGAUGGACCGUUUUCUUCUGACAGACUGCAGAGCAGUGCUCAGUGGAAACUAUAGCUUUAUGUGGUCUUUUGAGAAGAUCCACCGCUGCAUUGCCCACUUGUUCCUUGGAGAACUAGUUGCCACUUUUGACGAGGAGUUUCGUAUUUUGUUUGCUCAGUCUCAGCCGCUUAUUGUUGAAAAUGCCCUUGUGCCCAUGCCACAUGAUAAAACAAGUAGUUACCUUGGCAACCAGUUUGGCUUAAAAAGGACUCAGUCACUGAGGAAUCCCAGAGGAUUUCUUCGCCAGCCAGAACUUACUGCUUACCCAUUUGGGGAUCGUGUUGAAUCUAUACUGCCUUUUCGGAGGGAUGACCCAUUUCGCCAUACUCUUGAGCCAGGUGCUAUGCAGGUCACAAAAUAUGCAUCACAGCAGUUCAGAAUGCAACAGUCAUUCUUGGAUCAAGGCCGCUCAAUGUUAGCUUCCAGGCAGAUGGAAAUGAAUGCAUAUAAGAGGCAUAGUUAUGCUGAGGGCACACAUGAGACCUACGCGUCCUCUCGGCAGUAUAUGAAGCAUCGUGUAAUGAACAAUUUGGAGGAGAUGGAAUCACAAUACCAGAGAGAACAACAUUACUAUCAAAGUGAAGGUAUUGGACCUGAUCCAGAGCAUGGACGAUAUGAUCGCCUAAACUAUGGAUUGAACCAGACAGAUCAGUACUCUGAUUCUGCAUAUGCAACUGAACUCGAAGCACCAGGAAACCUUAAUGUUUUAUCGUCUGAUGACCUCAGACACGGUUCAGAAAAACAAUAUCAUUCUGGAGGGGGCCGCUAUGGCCUGCAAAGCCACAAGAGGCCUUCUGUGGGCCACGCAUAUGCCUGUCAGAGUUCGCCAACACAGCCGCAUCCUCCAGAUCACAAGCAGUUAUUCCCUACUGGAGAGCAGACAAGGCAAUCCCAGGACCCCAGUGCGAAGCAGGGAUUACGGAGCUGGAGAAUCAACUCUUACCUCAGCACCUAUGAAGAUGUAGGGGAGGAGGGCCUGCAUCAGCCCAUGGGUCCAGAUGCCUUUGAUGAGCCACAGCAACAACCUGACCGCAGACCUUAUUACCCAGAGGGACCAGGCUCUCAUUUCAACACAAGAGAACCUCCAAAUAUCCCAACUAAGUCAAACUUUGACUUGUGGCCACGCUUCAGUAAACCCAUCUUACAAGAGAGGAAUCAAGUAAAGGAUAUUAGCUCUGAUCUGGGGCCCACAGGUACUGACACUCUGAAGCCAGCAAUUUCAAGUUCAUCACUAGCAUCAUCAACAGAUAAUGAAAAAGAGGUGGAGUUCAAAGAACCAAAGGAGAUAAGCAUUACCAAACACGAGUCUUUCCGAACUCGAAUUAAUCCAAUGCUGCAAAGGAGCUCAAGACUACGCUCUUCAUUAAUCUUCAGCUCCUCUAAGCUGGAGCAACACAGCUCCUCACAGGCUAAGUCUGGUGGGGAGUUGCAAGAGGAGAAAGAGGAGACAGAGCCUAUUCGUUACUCAUCCAUUGUGGCAGAGAUUCUGGAGAAGAGGAGAUCAUUGUCAAGAGAGCCAUUUGACUGGAGUAAGCAUAAAAAAGCAGACGAAAAAGAUGGCAUUAACUCUUCAACAGUAGAUCUGACAACAAUCCAAGACACCACAAACAAUAAAGAGGAGCAUGUAAAAGAAAAAGAGAAACCUGAAGGUCCUGUACCUGUGGACCAAACCAAAGUUACACAGCCAACAGAGCAUGACUUGAAUGAUCCAGCAAGCCGACUUGAGUACUUCAAAGAACUAGCAGCAAAGAGAAAGUCAAAUUUACAAUUAAAUGUAGUUCCUAAAAGUCAACAACCAUCCAUGGUGAAGACAGACCUCUCUAAUACACAACUAAGUGCAACAGCAACCCAAGUUCAAUAUGUGUCAAUUAUUUCAGAGGAGUCCACUGCCAAGAUACAAGACCCAUCCACUGCACAAACAGAUCCCUCUGCAACGCACCCAUUGAUCCCAGCAAAACCAAAACCUUUUGAGGUCUGUGUUGACAGGCCAUGCACAAACAGCAAAACUCUAACUGAGAAUACAGCUAAUGCAGCAAAAAAAGAGCCAGCUAAGGAACUAAUUGUCACUAAGUCUCAUAAGCCUUUCUCCUCAGCAAAUUUCUUCAAAAAAGACAUAUUAAGACCUUCCAAGGGCUCUCAAACUCGACGGAUCUCAUGCGGUGAGGAGAUUCACACAGAUGCAACAGAUGCUGAAAAAAGUGAGCUUAAGAAGUCGCGCAGCCUCAGCUCAUCAGGCAUAUCACGCACAGAGUCCAAAGAAAGUCUGAGCCUCACCCGGCAGGGCUCCAAUGCAUCCAUAAACCUUGUGGGCUCUGAAGGCAAAGAUACAAAAGCCCUUGACUUUCUCAAGAAACAAACACAGAGAUUGAAGGGUUUCCUUGGGCCAAAGGGAGAAAAAAAGAAUUCAGGAGUGUCAGGCUCACCAGAGGACAAGUCGAUGAAAACCGUCACUGAGGUACAAGAGGAGCCCUCAGACAAAGGGACACAUUCAGAAUCCAUAUCAUCUUCAACAACAGUAGAGAACAAAAAACCCAAUAGUAAAUCAACCCAAUCACGCUAUCAGUCCUCUACCUCAAAUGUGCUGUUCAGCAGCAACCUCAGGGACGAUACCAAAGUGAUCCUUGAGCAAAUCUCUGCAAAUAGCCAGAAGAAUAGACAGGAACUGGUAAAGCAGUCUGAAGAGUCUGGGAAAGGUGAAGAGGACAAGGAAGAUACCCUCCGGUAUCAAAGCCAUAACCGGUUCAGUCGAUCUCCAGUCAACCCACAGGAGAGGGACAAUCUGCUGAAGAGAAUAGAGAGCAUGCGCAAGGAGAAGAAAGUAUACAGUCGCUUCGAGAUGGGGAAUAACCUGGGAUAAAAAACAUGGAGGAAGGGGCCAGUGUUCCUCACAAAGAACUUUAAAGAACCUGAAAAUGUCCUAAAAAAUUUCCCCAGUACCGAACAUGGCCGAUACUGCUCAAAAGACACAGAGAAGCAAUUAUGUCCCUUCAGAUAAAAGCGUCUGCUAAAUGACUAGUAACCUAAAUAGUUCAUGGAUCUCAUAAAACCAGACCACGAAAAUAGCACAACCUCAAAUAUGAGGAGUCUUGCUGCAGCAAGAGGAAUAAUUCUCACUCUGUGCCAAUCUGAGCCCACAGUGGAUUCACUCUGCCCUUAUAAGGCAUCAGGGCAUACCUCAUAAUAAUAAUCGGACACCAUCCCUGCAGAAUAGAAAAACAGAAAUGGGGCCAAAGGAGGCUUUGAACUUUGAGAAGCUUUUCACAACUUUUCCUUCUUUUUUACUGGGCCUUUUCUUUCUUUAUGAUGCAUAUGUACAUGUGAACUGUUGUUUGGCACCAUUUCCAACUCUGGUAAAGGAAAGUAACAUGUCUGGACAGAAGCUUAGAUAAGCCAUGCUGAAGGCCCUAAAACACACCCACAUUAACAUGCACCCCCCCACCCCCCAAGGACACGUCAUGCUGAAAUUAUGCUUUGACAUGACUCUUGUGCCAAUGGAUCACAAACAUAAAGGAAACAAGACAUAGCUGGAAGACUGGAAGGUAAAGAACACAGAAAAUCUGCAACCUGAAACUGUCAGAAAUCAAUAGCAGGAAAGUAUGCAAGGAAUAUAUGGAAAAUGUCUUUUACUUUAACAGUAUGCUGUCAAGGAUGUGGAUUGAUACCAGGUAAUUUUUCUUGUUUUAAUUCAACAAGAAAUUACAGUAUAAUGCUUUCUAGACAUGCUAGACGUUUCUGCAUUAGCAACUUUAUGUUGGCAGGAGAAACUGUUAAAUCUGGGUUUGAUAAAGAUGUUCUCAGGACUGGGCUUUGCCCUGUAUUUUGUCAAUGCAAAAUGUAAUUAACAGAUAGAAUGGUAUUACUGAACACCAAAGAAUUCCCAGAGUGCCAUACUGGAUGUGUCAUAGGACUGAUUUAAGCAAACUGGAAGCUGAUCAAAUGCUGUAUAUCUGAUCGAAGAGAGUGAUGAAAUUUGACUUUGGUAGUCUUUCUAGUCACUUGUUAAGAAAUUAAAUGUGUCAUCACUACAGUUUAUAAAUACAAAUUUUGGAGGAUCUAGACAUGUUUACACAUUUUUAUUGUGUCAUAAAUUCUGAAUAAAUGGUCUAGAACUUUUAUAUUCCAUGUAUGGGUAUGAUUUGAUUGUAAUUUAUAACAAUAUUCAUUCAUUUUUAUAUUGGCAACAUCAAAACAGUGCAGUUGGUAAAAGUUAAACAAGAAACAACAGGAGAGAAAAGAAUAUUUGAGGUGCUCUUCUAAUUAACUUCUGUAAAGCUGCAUAAAAUUGGUAUUUGUUGAAAGAGGUAAGAACUGAUCAUCACACAAUUCAGGUAUGCAAAACGUGUUUGAGAUAUUCAUGAUGCUUUAUCACUGGUAUCCAUUUGCAUCUCUCCAGUUUGGGUGUGGCUUAACCUGCCCAGCAGCUUGGUCAACUGCUCCAGCUUCUGUUGCUCUGUAUGGUUAUACACACAAACAGAAAAAUAUAUGAUUACUUAGAGUUACUUGUUUGACUGUCAGUUCAAAUGUUAAGAUGUUCAGUCUCAAGUCUAGGGAGAAUUGGGUACCAGGUUAUGUCCCUCUACAAUCCCACUGUUGAAAGUCAUCAAGCCCUACAAUGCUGAAGAUCUGAAUAACUGAACAAAUUCGUUUUUGGGAAAAUUACAAAUGUGACCUGAAUGUCUGAAUAAAGCAAUGAGGUAUGGAAAAUGUCACACUAAACAUGCA